UCUGGUCCAUCAAGAGUCACUCUCAUCUCAUCAGUCCAUAGAACCUUUGAAAAACCCAUCUUCAAAUAUUUCUUGGCCCGGUCUUGACGUUUCAACUUAUGUGACUUGUUCGGUGAUGGUCAGGUUUCAGCCUUCCUUACCUUGGCCAUGUCUCUGAGCACUGAACACCUUGUACUUAUGGGCACUCCAGGUAGGUUGCAGUUCUGGAACAUGACAGCACUGGAGGAAAAUGGGUUCCUGGUAGCUUCAAGUUUGAUUCUUCUAAAAUCUUUGACAGUUAAUUUGUGUCUUUUUUCUCAAAAAGUUUGAUGGUACUGUGAUCA